AUGUCAACUAAAUUUAGUUAAUCGGUGAGAUUCUUACUUUGGGUGAUACAUAAAAAUAUACUUGGAAGAAUUGCAUUAUUGAAGUCGUAAUGUCCCUCACCUAAUUGAGAUCCAAAUAAUUUUCACAACUUGAAGUUUUGCAAGUAAAUGCAUUAAUGCAACGUUUUCAAUACUGUAGAGACAUGAUAACAAAAGAAGGAUUGAGAAAUAUAUUAAAUUUUGUGAAUUCUUGUACAUAAUUUAUUGUAGAACAGGGGAGAGAGUAAUUCGUAAAGUAUAAUAAAGAGUUCGGUUUUACAUGAUCUUGUAAGGAUAAGUUUAAUUGGAAAGCUACAAACCUAAGAAUUGUAAGGCUUAAUUGUUGAUGGAUUAAUAGAAAGUACGAUAGUCAUGUUUAUUAAAAGGAAACUUUUCCUAAUUAUGAAGAUGAUACUUUAUUUAGUGCUUUCAGUUUUAAAGAAUUGAAUCCAGGAGAUUAUUUUGGUGAUAUGUCAUUAUUAGAUAAUGGAUAAGUGUCAUGCACUAUUAUUUGUAAGACUUUUUGUUAGUGUGUGUGUAUGGAUAAACAAUAAUUUGUAAAAUUUAUUGGGAAAUCAGUACCAAUGUUAUAGAAAUUCAAAAUAUUAUAAGAAUAAUCAAUCUUUAAUUGUUGAACAGAUGAUGAAUUAAGAGCCUUAAGUUAUGAAUUCAAGAAUAGAACAUAUCAUUAGGAAGAGUACUUAUAUUAAGAAGGUUAAAGGAAAGUUUAAGUUUUCUUGUUAAUGGAUGGAUAAAUUGAGAUGACUUCAAUUAAAGAUAAUUAGUCAUAUCAUCUUUGUUCUUUGGAUGUAGGUGCACUCUUUGGAGAUGAUACUGAUUAUCAUACAUGUAAUGCUAAAUGUGUAUCAGCCAGAACAGAAGUACUUUUGAUUGGAAGACAAGUCUUAAGUCAUAUGUUGGAUUGGCAUCCUGAAUCAACAUAAUUGUACAGACAAUAAUUAUGUAUUAUAAAUCUAAUUUAUACUUUUAGAAUACAAAGUUAAUUGGAGAUAAGAAAGAUUGAAUAAUCUUAUUGAAAGUCAUGAGGAAACAACUAAAGUAAAAAGAACUCAAUCAAUUAAAAUGUAAUUAUUGGAUUUAUUGAUUAAACCAAAGUAUUAAAAUAUUCGUCUCUCACCUUGUGUUAAAAGAGUCACUAAAAUAUAGAAUAUCAUGGAUUUUGAAGAGAAGAAACUUAAACAUUAAGAAAUCUUGGAAAAAUAGAAUUUAGUCAUUUCUUAACGCAAAAUUGAAUUCUUUAAAUUAGGUCUUACAUUUACUGAAAAAGUAGAAAGAUGUAAAAAUAAUAACAAGCAGAAUUGAAUUCCAAACUUUAGAGACAAUAUGAAAGUGUUAUCAUCUUAGAACUUCCUUUUGAGAAACUCAAUAGAACAUCAAGUACUAUUUUGACCAAAAUAUCAUAAAAUACUUUUAAAUUAUCAUCUACCAAGUAACAUAGAAAAGUUUUCUUAAUUGAAGGAACAACCAUUAAUAUUCAUAAUAGAUAAUGA